GUUCUCUCUUCGCUCAAUCUUUUUGUUUCGCGACCUUUGCAGGCGAGUCGUCUAUCUUGCGUGCACAAGAAAUUUACUUUUGCUUUGUUCGUUCGAACUCGAAUUUAUUGGAUAUAUCUAUCGCAUCACACAAAGCAAUCGUUGCAUGACAGAUAAUUGAAAUCGGAAAGAGAAGCUCAAUUUCACAGAACUCAAGCAAUAUAAACUUGCUUGAAAUGCAUACUACAGAAUUAUCUAUCAUCCCUAGUCUGUAAGAUCUUUUGUGAGAUCUUUGAUGUAGCAGAGGCAGCUAGGAUGAAAAGAAAAAGGAGUUGUUCAGAAACAGGAUCCACUAGCAACGGCACAUCUCAAGUCCAGUUCGAUGUGUUCUUGAGUUUUCGAGGACCGGACACUCGUGCUAACUUCACAGAUUACCUCUAUCAUGCCCUGCUAGAUAAGGGCAUCCAUGUUUUCAUAGACAAGAAGGGGAUUGACAUCGGUGAAGAGAUCGGCCCUGAGAUUUUCCAGGCCAUUGAUAACUCGAAAAUCUGCAUUCCCAUCUUCUCUAGAGGCUAUGCCUCUAGUAGUUGGUGCUUGCGCGAGUUGGAACACAUGGUGGAGUGUAGGAAAACCAAGGAACUGGAGGUCAUGCCCAUUUUCUAUGACGUGGAGCCUUCCGAUGUGAAGUUGGAAACCAAAGUAUAUAGAGAUGCAUUAACCCUGCAUGAACAGACACGCGGGGUUGAGAUUGUGCAACGCUGGGCAGCGGCGCUCAAGGAGGUUACUGGAAUCAAAGGAUGGGACACCAAGAACAUAGGGAAAGAACCAAUUAUGGAUGCACGAUCAACUUAAAGACUUUGGCAAGAGCAUUGUGUACCAAGAGAACUGCGAAGAUCCGGGAAAACGUUCUCGGGUGUGGAAUCAUGAAGAAGGUCUUGAUAUGAUCAAAAGAAAGAAGGGAACUGAAACUAUUGUAGCAAUCUGUAUGAACUUUUGCGGGAUUAUACCAGCCACUAUUUUGACAUCAGAUGAUUUUGUGAAAGUGCCAAGGGUUAGAUUUCUUAAAAUGGAUGGUGGGAACCUCUCUGGAGACUAUAAGAAUCUCUUUUCAGAAUUGAGAUGGCUAUCUUGGAAGUAUGGUCCUUCAGAGUUGCUUGCAACUAACUUAUGCCCCAAAAAUCUAGUUAUCCUUGACCUAUCGUGGAGCCGUAUAAGUGAUUUUUGCGGUGGCUGGACUCAACUUAAGGUGGCUACGAGAUUGAAGGUCCUUAAUCUUUCAUAUUGCCGCAGGUUAACUAUAAUUCCAGACCUAUCAGCACAUUCAUCCUUAGAAAUACUAAUUCUUGAGGAGUGUGAGAAUUUGAACUGGAUUGAUCCAUCCAUUGGUCAACUAAGGCGUCUGAAACACUUGAAUCUAAAUGGAUGUUGUUCUCUCUGGGAAAUGCCUAAAUUAGGUUCUCUGAAAGCUUUGACCGAGCUUUUCAUGGAUAGAGUGACCUCUGCACUAGAAACUUAUGGAAAGGAUUGGUCAUAUGUAGAGGUCAAAGCUAUCAUGGAUGAAGAUCACCCUGCACUAGGAACUUAUGGAAAGGAUUGGUCAUAUGUAGAAGUCAAAGAUAUCAUGGAUGGAGGGGCCUCUACACCAAAAAGUUAUUGAAGGUAUUGGUCAUCUGGGGGAAAAAAUCUAGGCAUUAGGCAUGUCCCAAGCUCAAUCAGAGCACUUUUAAAUCUCAAGUGCUUGUCCAUUUGUGGAGCUCCAAGGCUAACAAGACUUCCAGAAUCAAUUGGGUUGUUGAAAUCGUUAGUUGAAUUGAAUAUCUCAGACACAGGAAUUAUAGAGUUGCCUAGCUCGAUUGUUCAUCUUAAGAACUUGAAAGUCUUGAAGAUGAACAGAAGUUGCAUAACAAAUCUACCGGCAACAAUUGGGAUGUGGGAGAAAUUGGAAGAGAUUCAUGGAGAGGAUUGUUUGGCAUUACAAACGAUUCCCAAUGAUAUUGUAAGACUAUGUUUCUUGAAAAUUUUUAAAUUGACAGAAACUCAUGUGAAGAUAGUACCAGAGCUCCCCCCAAGUUUAAUAAGUUUAUGUCUCUCUUUAGUAGCAGCAGUUUUGGACACGUCGAAUCUAAGAAAUUUGAAAUUGAGUUUUCCCACCUUAACGUCCAUCACAGCUAUGGAAAUGGAUAGAAGUUACAACCCAUGGUGGAUUAGGAAACUAUUGAAACUGGAGUACUUAAGAUUGGAACUUCCAAGCAUCACCAGCAUACCAUCGGAUUUGGAUCACCUUUAUUGCCUGAAAGAACUUCUACUUGUCCGCUGUAAGAACCUACGGCACAUUGGGCUGCUUCCCUCUAGUUUGAGCAAACUUACAGUUUCCCACUGUAGCGUUCUACAAAGUAUAGAUCUUUCUAACUUGCAGAAAUUGUUGGAGUUAAGGCUCAGUUUUGGGAUACCCAAUAUUCAAGGCCUCGAAGGUUUAAGAUCAUUACAGUGCCUGAAACUUUCCUCCUGUGAGUUUGGCAAUCUCAGUGGGCUUGAAAGACUAGAGAAUCUACAAGUGUUGUCGAUUGAACUUUGCUCCCUCCUUCAUACAUUACCCACCUUAUCCAACUUAAAAUAUUUGAAGGACCUGUUUCUGUGGAGCUGUCAAAAAUUGGCCAAGAUUCAAGGUCUUGAUGGACUGGAAUCACUACAAUCAAUCACCAUUGGAGGUUGUAGUUCCUUGCAAAGUUUACCUGAUCUAUCCAAUUUGAAGAAGCUGGAAUACUGCGACAUUGAAUGUUGUUCCAGAGGUAAUCCCCUGGGAGAAGUGUAGCUCAAAGCCAUCAUGACCUCUCAGUCUACCAUGUUUGAAAAAGCUUGUAAUCGAAGGAGCAUAUAACAUAAAGACU